UGCGCGCUGUCCACAGCCCCCCCAUCCCCAUCCGCGCAGACGGCACUUUCGCGCGUGCGCCGCAGGCCGGGUAGCCGCGCGCCGAGAGGGCGGGGCCCCGCCGCCAUCUUGCCCCGGGCACUGCCCCGCCGCCAUGGAGCCCAGCGGGGGGGGGCGGAAGGAGAGGCCGAAGCCCCGGGAGCCAGCGGCUCGCCUGGAGAAGGCCAAGCAGAAAUCAGCUCAGCAGGAGCUGAAGCAGAGGCAGCGGGCAGAGAUCUACGCCCUCAACCGAGUGAUGACAGAGCUGGAGCAGCAGCAGUUUGACUCCUUCUGCAAGCAGAUGCAGGCCUCCGGCGAGUGAGGCGGCAUGUGCAGCCCCCUCAAACAACCCCAGACACCCCCCCCAUCUGCUGCCCAUUCCCUUUUCUAAACUCUUUGUUAUUUAUUAUCAAAUAACUGCUUUUCUUUUUUUUCUAAAUAAAAUCUGUGAUGGUUCCAGCUUU